AUGAUUGGAUUUCUAGAGUAUUGCUUCACAACUCUAGAUGCAGCGACAUGUAAGACGAAAUUGGAUCAUAUUAAGAAGAAGUUGAAGAAGUUGUUUGAUGUCUACAAGAAGAACAAAAAGAAAAACAUGGCUAGAACUUCAGGAUCAACUUCAGGAACUACAGCACAGACUACUUUACCAGGAUAUGAUGCAUACUAUGCUUUCUUCUCACAGAACGCUGGUGGUAAUGGGAAGUCAGCCUUGGAUAAGUACCUAGAAGAACCGGUUUUAGACAUGAUGGCCUUCAAGAGUUUGAAUGUUCUCUCCUACUGGAGAGACAAUGCUAAUCGGUUUAAGGAGCUCGCAUCAAUGGCAUGUGACGUCUUGAGCAUACCCAUCACCACAGUUGCUUCAGAAUCAUCCUUCAGCAUUGGAAGCCGUGUAUUGAACAAAUACAGAAGCUGCCUUCGCCCUUCGAAUGUCAGAGCACUGAUUUGCGCAAGAAAUUGGCUAAGAGGAUUUGAGUCUUUAGACUGUGAUGAAGUGGAUUUUGAACCCUUGGAGUUGGAGGAAGUUGGAGAAGUUAAUGAAACAUGUCAAGUCUGA